UUUAAAAGAGAAGCAGCAGAAGUUAUAAGGGGGCCUUAUAAUGCAAAUAGACAGUCGAGAUAUGUAGAAUUGGUCAUGGUGGUCGACAAAACGGAGUACUCCGCACUCGAACAGAAUUUAGACAAUGUCUAUCAACACUGCAAGGACAUAGCCAACCUCAUUAACGCUUUGUAUAUGCCGCUCAAUAUUUUCGUCGCUCUAAUCGGCGUAGAAGUUUGGUCAGAUAUAGACGAAAUUUCCGUAGUACCAAAUGGAGAUACGACCCUCGAAUCGUUCCUUCGAUAUCGUCGAGAAAGACUCGCCAACAGAAUCCCGAACGACAAUGCUCAGCUCCUAACGGGGUCGCAGUUCGAGGGGGGCGUCGUGGGCAAGGCCCUGAAAGGGCCCAUCUGCACGUACAAAUUCUCCGGUGGAGUAGCCAUGGACCACUCGGACGUGGUGGGUCUGGUUGCAGCAACAGUGGCCCACGAGAUGGGGCACAAUUUUGGGAUGGAGCACGACUCCACCGACUGCGACUGUCCCGAAGAAAGAUGCAUAAUGGCGCCCUCGAGCGGGUCCUUCGGGCCCGUUCAUUGGUCCUCCUGUUCCCUGGAGUACCUAGCUCUGGCCUUCGUCCACGGGAUGGACUACUGUCUCAGGAACAAGCCUCAGAAGUUGUUCGACAGCCCCAUGUGCGGGAACGGCUUCGUGGAGCCCGGGGAACAAUGCGACUGCGGCCUCAAGGAGAAUUGCGACAACCCCUGCUGCAAUGCGACGAUUUGCAUGUUGUACGCGAAUGCCAGCUGUGCGACCGGGGAAUGCUGCGACCUGAAGACCUGCAGGCCGAAAACUGCAGGGACCGAGUGCAGAUCUGCCGAGCACGAGUGCGACCUUCCGGAGUACUGCACAGGGCAGAGCGAAUACUGUCCAUCGGACGUCUUCAAGAUGGACGGAGAGACCUGCAGCAUGGGGAAAGCCUUCUGUUAUCAGGGGUCCUGCAGGACCCACAAUGACCAAUGCAAGCUGCUAUGGGGACCUACUGGCACCUCGUCGGCUGCUCAGUGUUACGACAUGAAUAACAAAGGCACCAAGUAUGGGAAUUGCGGAUACAACCGGACGAACCUGAGCUACUUCAAGUGCGAGGACGAGAAUCUUUUGUGCGGCAUGCUGCACUGUAAACAUCUGAACGAGAGGCUCGAGUUCGGCAUGGAGUCCGUGGCUAUUCUCAGCCACUCUUUUAUUAACAAUGGAGGGAAAAUCAUAGCCUGCCGGUCUGCUAUUGUUGACCUAGGACUGAAUCAGGUGGAUCCAGGAUUGGCUCCUGACGGGGCAAAGUGCGCACCCGGAAAGAUGUGCGUCAAUCAGAAAUGCCUGCCCGUUGGUGACUUGCGAGCUUCCGUGUCCGGAGGCAAGAAUUGCCCGAACAAUUGCAGCGGUAACGGGGUGUGCAACAGUCUUGGUCACUGCCAUUGCAAUCACGGCUUCCGUCCACCGGAUUGCACCCAGCCAGGAAUCGGCGGAUCCGAGGACAGCGGACCUGCCGAGGACCCUAAUGCGAGGACCGACUUUAUAACGGCCCUGUACAUCGUCUUCCUGGGCGUGAUCCCCACGAUAGCCCUGGUGGCUCUUGGUGUCUGGUACACCAGAAACAAUGCCAGUCGGUACUGGAAGAAAGGACCCAUGUCAGCGCUGGACCGCGGAUCCGGGGGUCUCCCGAUCAAGACGAUCGAUCGUUCCACCCCGAUCCAUCGAAACAUCCGAACGAUCGAUUCGGGUCUGAGCCAGGACUCGGCCUGCGCGAGUCUGCUGCCCGAGGACAACGACGAGCGCUUCAACAACAACUUCUUCGGGCAAUUCAAGGGUUUCGCGCCAAUAAUGAGUCCAUCGAAGCCCGAGUCGAAACCCGUAGCUACAACAACCCCCAACAUGCCAACAAUAGCGAUAAAAACGAACCUGAAGCCGAUGCAGCGCAGCAACACCCUCCGCGGUAACCUGCCAUCACCUGGUAAAACCUCCCCCAGGUUGCCCACCCUAACGCCUCCAGCAUUACCGCCAUUAAAUCCAGGAUGCACAGCAAGACCCCUGAUAAGCAGCCCGGUGCUGGCAGCAACGACAUGCACAUCAAUGGAGCUGAUAGCAGCAAAAGUUCCCGUAAGACCAGCCCCAGAAAUCCCGAACAGCACUCCUCCGGAUGCGUCAGCUACAUCGUACGCCCCCCUAAAGCCACCCCGGCCAAACAGUACCCCAUUGACCAACCUGAUCAUCCCAGAGCCAGAGAAGAAGCUGGACAAGGGCAUCAUCGCCCUGAACAGGAUAGCUUCGAUUUUGCGUCCCAAUUCGGGGAUCACCAGAUCUAUCUCUCAGCCAGCAUCCAGGGAGGAGAAGAACACGAAUUCCCUGCCGAGGAGCCAACACCACAAGGCUAGUAAGGUGUUGGACAAGGAGAUCCUGAGGAACCUGGAGAUCUCCAACCCGAUCCCGCAGACGGAGAUCGAGAUUCCCACUCCGGCGAUCCCCGUUGUCCCCCUGAGUCCUGGGAAGAGUAGUUCCGAGGAUAAGAGGAACGUGGUGAUGAGAGCACAGAGCAUGAGGGACUCGAAGAGCAGCGCCAGGCCGGCGAUUCAUACUUUCGGUUCCAUGAGGCAGGCAAAUCCUGUAAAAAGGCCCAUCAGCAUCCCAGCGAGCAUCAGACCCACUUCUCCACCUCCUGGACCGCCGAAAGUCGGACCAGGGAGUCUGGAAAGGUGCGAAGAGAAGGAUCCCUCCGGGUACCAAAACUCGGAGGCUGUGGAGCCGAAGGCACCCGAGAACCAGUACGACGAUUGCAUGAACCUGGUCCCCGAAACUUCCCUGGGGAAGAUCCUGGAGGAGUCUCCGGUCCAGGACAACAUCUACGCGGUGAUAGAGGAGUCCUUGCCGGAGAAGGGGAAGGAACUCGACAAAAAGGCUAGCAACGUCGUCAACGAGUACAAGGCACCGAAGAAGAUCGAAGUUCCUGGUGGUGCGACGGUGGAUGGUACAGGAUUGCUCUCGGAGAUCGUCUCUGAAAUCUCGAACAGGAAUUUUGACUCCAUCUACUCGACCUCCACCCUCGGCAGGAAGAGGGAGAAGAGGGAGAAGGAGGAGCUGGGGAAGAGCUCCGGGACUUACAUCAACUCCAGCCAUUACAAGUCCCCAGGAGGGACAUAUCCAAAUUCUGGAGCUGGGAGUCUAGGAGGUGCUUCCGAUAGCUCUUCAGGGUACAUCGUGACCUCGAGUAACUCCCAGAAGAAGGCGGCGACGAGGACUUCGAAGCCAGGGGAGCAGAUAGACAGGAGCAAGUUGACCUCCUUGAGCUCCACCAACCCUAACGUCAACGACGACAUGUCGAGGGAGCUGGGGAUGAAGCCCGUGGACUCCGGAGUCCCCGGCAAGUUCUUUGGAUCUGGAGCGAGUAGAAGCUUGACCAGCAAUUCUCAUUCGAAAUCCGAAGAGACGAAGGAAGAAGGUAGAGCACCGGCGAAGCCGCCCCUGAACAGGACCAGGACACCUCCAACCAUCUCUAAAGGCUUGGUGAACACCUCCAAGCAAACUUCAGAUGCCUCCACCAAGUCGACGACCUCUAGACUGGGGUCGAACACCUCGUUGAAGUCAAAGUCGUCUUCGGAGUCUUCGGGGAAGACCUCCAGGCAGGGAUCAGACCCUAGUCCGAAAGAGAAGAGCGACCAGUCCAAACUCUUUAAACAGCCGACCCCAACAAACCGGUCCAACGAUAGUCUAACCAAGUCCACCAGCUCUGAGAAGCAGCAGAGCCUCGAAGUCACCCCAGAGUCCCUGAAAAGUGUGCCUUGCAGUCCCAAGGGAGCUCCCAGCAAGAUGCUGAACACCUCGAACAGCCCCGACCUGGUGUCCAGCUGCUCCAACGCGAACCAGACCGGCACCAAGUCCCCGGACGUCCUGGGGACCAACGCCAAACUGGGGGGCACCAACGCCAAGGUUGGUCAGAAGUCCCCGACACUCCCCAGGAGUGCCAAGACCCCGUCGAUGCCUCCCAAGACCUCCAGCAUAGUGUCCAAGGCUGUGGCCUUCACCGAGAAGAAGAAGACCCCGGUAAGUUCGAAUGGAAACCUCAUCAAAGCGCCCACGGCGCUUUGUGCGAAGGAGAACUCCCUCAACUCGAAGAGCCAGACUACCGUGAAGACCUCUACAAAGCCUGACCCAAAGACCGGCGACAACCUGAAGAGCAACCCCGUGCAAAAGGCAGCCGGGCUGAAGAGUAACGUCGCAUCUCUGCAGCAAAAGUUCGAGCCCAGCAAGGCCAACAACCAGACGAGGAACUUGAUGACCGCCAACAAGAAAUCUGUGGCCGGAAGGGUGACGGAACUGAAUCGAACUGUCGGCGGGAAGAAAUGAAAGCUUUCGCGCCGAUUAAGGCGAUACGAAAGUGGCAUCCGAAGGGCCUAUCGCUUAUGAACGCCGAAGUGGGUGGAAUGAAGCGUCCGAAAUUUUACCACGUGAAUGUGGAGACCCUAAAGGAGGUGACAUUUUUAUAAACAUUUCUUAAAUGAUUAUAAAGAAAAUGAAUGAGGUCUCAUGGGUGUCGGGACUUAGCUUGGGGCCUCCAUAUUCAUAUAGAGAAAUUUCAAACGAUACCGUGCAACCAGUCGGAAGAAAAGUGUCAUAGGCCUUUCAGAGGCCACUUUCGUAUCGCCUUAACACCUUGACGGGGAAUUCUAGUCCACCUUCUUGGCCACCCUGGGCCCAGGAUCGAGAGCUGCCACCAGUGCAAAUUCGUUUGCUACUUCGACUUCGUUAUUUAUUGAGCUCGCUUCGCCUUAAGGGGUUGAAGGCUGACUCGAUGAUGAGGUUUCCGUGAAAUUUCCAUUAACCGACCUCUAUUCGAGCUCGAGGUUUUCAGCCGCGAUCACUAUUGUAUAGACAUACUACUUAAUGACUUUCAAGCAGCUAGACUAUAAAACCUAGGAAUAAGAUUAUUUAUGUGGCUCGAGUUUGGAACGUUCCAUGAACGAGCUUUUUGCAUCGUCGACGAUAAUUCAUUAACUUUCCAUAGAAUUGACUUAGCUAACCGCGUAAAGUAAUAUAGCAUUUCUUGUAUGUCGAGUAAUGUCACUAUACGCGGCUAAGUUUAAUCCUAGGGAAACUGGAGAAACUGCUUAAGAUUCAGAAGAUUCAAUUGAAUAAUGAUUUAUCAUUAAGCGACCGCCUUCUUAUCCUCGAGGGCGAGUUGAAUAUUUUUUUAUGUGGUCAAUUAAGCUCGUCCAUAUGCAAAUCUAAUGGAAAUACGAGAAAUAGGAGAAAUUAACUCACUGGACGUCUCAAGAUUUCGGCCGCAUAAUUGUCGGAAUUAGAUUGGAAAUUGAACAGAAGGAGUUAUCUAGCUUAAGGACCCCGUCCUGUGCCAGGGGAUGUACAUAGGAGGCAUAUGUAUAAAGUUUAAUAUUUUGCUAAAACCUGUCGCGAAGUCUAAGUCCACAUUAAUCGUAACUAACGUACGGGGAGAACCUAAACUCGACUAUAAACGGCUUUUAUAUGAAGACGAGGUGGGAAGAGAAAACCACGGUGAAAACGAGAAGAAAGAACCUAGUAGCGUUAUUUUCGAAAUCCCGCCCACGACGGGGGGCUAGGAAGAGAAAAUUAUUGAGAAUUCUGUGAUAUAUAAAAAUAAAAUACAUUAACACUCUACAGUUUACUGUAGGCCAAUAGGUGCGACCAAUCGUGAUGUCCCACGGCAUCGUAGGCUUUAAGGUCCCGAAGAAAGGCAAAAGGAAAAAAAAAAGAAAAAGACUCCCGGGUUUAUUUUGCGGGAAACCAAAAACGGGACCCUCCGAAAGAACGGCACAUCCCUGAAGAAAAGGAAGAAAGAUUCGCAAAGAAAGAAAAAUAUAUACCGCUAUUUAAGAAGCAUUAAGGGGGCUAGUAGAUUGUGAGAUGCGUUUUGAAGCGUAAAACAUGGAUUAAAACCCAUUUUAUAUAACCUACUAGCCCUUUUAAUCCUCGUUAUCAGAGACACCACGCGCCAUUUUCCCAAAAGCGUGAGGGAAUCUUUCACGGGCUUAUCCGCGGGAAUUCUGGCCUCGAGAGUUUUUCAUACUUUUCAGCUCGAGGAAGGAGAAAUCGAAAGAUUUUCCAGGGGAAGAUAUUUCCCGCCGAGUGGCCCUUGAAUUUUCAUCCCGAUUUUUCUAAGCGACCCACCCGACGUACACGAGAGCGUCCCCACGGAAGCGUUCAUAUUGAACAUCGAUCGUAAUUUUGUAUAAUUAGUUUGUAGUCCAAUUUUCCUGGUACUUGACCCAUGAUAACGCGUUUCGGGUCUCGGUGGUCAGAUACCAGGGGAAGAACCGACAAGAACCCUGAAUAUUUAUUUGACUGACCGUGUAAAUAUGUUUAUACGAAGCAUAGACUUAAGCAUCACUUCACGAAUGGCGCGCCAUCGCGCUUUUCUUUAAUAUCCUUCGUUUUUAAUUUUAAGCGACGCAGCCGGAAAACAAUAUAAACAUAUUCCUACGUUUGUGUCGAUUCGAGGCUGGCACGUUAAAUCGCAUUAGAGGGUUUCGUACAAGAUUUCCUUGUAUCCUGGAGAACAUGAAUGCCUUCUCGUCGUAAACCACCGACGCCAUUUUGUAACACAGAAACAGAGCUGAGCAGAAUUUAUUCGAAUAACGAAUAUAUAAUAGUAUUAAAAGAGAAUCAUCAAGACAUUUGAGCAAGAAUUUAUUCGAUCAAUUAAUAACGAAAUAUUUCAAAUUGCAAAUAAAAGGAAUAAAGUUUUAUUUCAAUGAUCUCCAUUCGAAUGAUAUCCAAAUCUGCACAGGAGACAUUCAUGUUCGCCAUUGUACAUUUCCGGCGAUUUCGCGGUACUGUUAAAGUUUUAUUAAAUGCAAUAGCGUAGCUCGGUGUUGGACACGAAUAUGCAGUCGAGCGAGGACUUUGUUGUUAAAGUCACCAACAAGAUGCAUCUACUCUAUUUUGACAUGAAUCAUCCUAGUGUCUACUUAGUUCCUACACGUCGCCCUUAUUCCGCAAGGCAUUUAUUAUUUCCCUUUCCCGGCGGUGUAACAAAUCGUUCAAACAUUUAUGUUCAUAUUUUCGUAGCGUAUGACGUGGGCUCUGUUUCAAAAUUCACAAAAAAUAAAUAAAUAAAUGGACAUUUUCAUUUCUCCGCACAUCGCCAUGCAAAUUAUACGCAGCUUAAGCACAUGCGAAAUUCUAUUGAGAAGAAGUGUAUUAAUUUAUGAAUAUAUUUUCUAGAUUCUAAUGACUUGUCUACGUGAGGUGACAGUGAAUCGAUAGAAAUUGUGAAUUUUAAUAUCUUGACGAUUCGAUUAACAGUGAAUUUUGGAAUGUUAGUCCCAUAAGUUAAAUGGUAUUUGUUAGUAUUUUUGAGUAAGACGUUUCUUUGCAUUAUCAAAAUGACAAUCAAACUGCCGCUAGCGAAUGUCGAAGACGGCCAAUUUUUAUUAACGACUGUUUCUUUGGAUCUUUGUCCUUCGGAGGAGUUAAUUGUUAUUAAAAAUUGGGCGUCUUAUGGCCAUGUCAUGGACCAUUGCCCAGAGUACAUGACCAUUGAGCUAUGACGAUUCAUAAUUCAUUGAUGUCAAGUGCAUCGGAAGGGUGAGUACUCGUAAUACCAAAGAUGCAUAAAUAAUUUCCCCUUUCAAUACAUCGUACAGACGAACUAAGCGUUACGGCAAUUAGUUAAUUACUAUUAAUUCAACGUAACGUGUAUAUUUCGUAAGUUAUGUAGUUGUAAUAAAUUCUUUAUUCCAGGUAUCCUAUAAAAAGAAAAAAAAACAAAUAAAUCGGCUCAUUUACCUUCAAA